AUGGCUACGGGUGCUGCUCACGACGAGCGCCUGGCUUGGUGGACCCAGCACCUGCAAGACCAAACGAUUUCGCCGUUGACUAGAGAUUACCCUGAGGCCACCGCGGAGAAUGUACCCAAACGGCCCAUCGAGGCGGCCGAGUCGCUUGCUGCUCCAGUGACCACCAGAAAUGCCUUGAAGACACUGUCCGGUCUCGCAUCGUUCACCACUAUCAUUCAGACGGCUCUCAUCGUUCUGGUGAGCAGACUCACGGGCGAUGAGGACAUCAGCAUCGGCACGAAUGCAAAGACUAACGGUCCUCCAUUUGUCCUCAAAACAGCUGUUGUCGCCUCAGAGCCAUUCUCGCAGCUCCUCAAAAAGGUGCAAGAUUUAUCAGCCCAGGCGGCAGAGAAGAUUGUCUCUUUGGCGGAUCUUCAGGCGAGCUUAAAGAGACCAAUCCUAUUUCGCUUUGGUGUUUUUGACAGCAAUGACGAUGGUGCUAGCCUCCCCGGCAGUGCUGAAACAACUGACUUCUUGCUGUCUUAUUCAUGCUCUGCUGCAGGGGAACUUCGGAUGACUGCGCGGUACAAUCAGCGUCUUGUGUCGAGCGCAAGGAUAGCCUGUAUCCUCGCCCAAAUGACGCAGCUGUUGGAAAAUAUUGCGCUUGAUGUCAAUGCUCCAGUUGGUGGCAUCGUGUUCGCCACUCCUCAAGAGCAAGCUCUUAUACCCAACCCGACCAGCGAUUUGGAGUGGUCGUCUUUUCGUGGCGCUAUCCACGAUAUCUUUGCUGCGAAUGCAGAAGCACAUCCUGAUCGAACGUGUGUAAUAGAGACAAAAUCCGAGGAUGGGCCGGAAAGGAAAUUUACUUACCAGCAAAUACACGAAUCCUCCAAUAUCCUAGCGCAUCAUCUUGUCCAAUCUGGACUGGAAAGGGGUGAUGUCGUUAUGAUAUACUCUUAUCGAGGAGUUGACCUAGUAGUCGCCAUCAUGGGCAUCUUGAAGGCAGGCGGCACGUUUUCAGUCUUGGACCCUGCCUAUCCACCUGAUAGACAAAACAUCUACCUCGAUGUCUCAAGACCAAGAGCGCUUGUCAUUAUAGAUAAAGCUACCCAGGAUGCUGGUGAGCUUUCAGAAAAGGUACGAGGCUUCAUCAAGGACAAUCUGGACCUCAAGACAGAAGUUCCGGCUUUGCGCUUACAGGAUGACGGCUUUCUUCAUGGUGGUGAAGUUGCUGGAAAAGACGUUUUUGAAUCUCUGCGGCAGCUCAAAGCCAAAGGUCCCGGAGUCGUGGUUGGGCCCGACUCGGUUCCCACCCUCUCUUUCACAUCUGGUUCUGAAGGUAAACCGAAAGGUGUCAGGGGCCGCCAUUAUUCAUUGGCGUUCUACUUUGACUGGAUGGCAAAGAGGUUCAACUUAUCCGAGAAAGACAGAUUCACCAUGCUCAGCGGCAUCGCACACGAUCCUAUUCAAAGAGACAUUUUUACACCUCUGUUCCUGGGCGCACAGCUUCUUGUACCAUCCAAGAACGAUAUCCAGAAUGAGCUGCUAGCCGAGUGGAUGAAAGAAUAUGGCGCAACCGUGACACAUCUUACACCAGCAAUGGGUCAAAUCUUGGUCGGAGGUGCAACUGCAAAGUUUGAAGAACUUCAUCACGCCUUUUUCGUGGGUGACAUCUUGAUCAAGAGAGACUGCCGAUCCCUUCAGAAUCUGGCACCCAACGUUCGGAUCGUCAAUAUGUGGGGGACGACAGAGACUCAGAGGGCGGUGAGUUACUAUGAGAUACCGUCGUGGAACGAGAAUGAAGGCUUCCUCGAUGGCUUGAAAGACGUCAUCCCCGUCGGCAGAGGAAUGCAUAACGCUCAGAUGCUUGUCGUAAACCGUUUCGACCCGACCAAGCUGUGUGCAGUUGGCGAAAUCGGAGAGAUAUAUAUCAGAGCAGGAGGACUUGCAGAAGGAUAUCUGGGAACGCCAGAGCUGACGGCCAAGAAAUUCGUUAAUAACUGGUUCCCGGGCCAUGAAAAAGGUUUGGAGUCGGACAAAGCCAGGUUUGAACAGAAAUAUAAAAAAGAACCCUGGGCGCAGUAUUACCUUGGCCCCAGAGACCGCCUCUAUCGAAGUGGAGAUCUCGGCCGUUACACACCGACAGGAGAUGUGGAAUGCUCUGGCAGGGCUGAUGAUCAGGUAAAGAUUAGAGGUUUCCGCAUCGAAUUGGGAGAAAUUGACACUCACCUGUCCCGACAUCCACUUGUGCGCGAAAAUAUCACGCUUGUGCGAAGAGACAAGUUUGAAGAACAGACACUUGUCAGCUAUAUUGUGCCCCAAAUGAAAGCGUGGUCCCAGUUUCUCGCCGAGAAGGGUAAAGAGGAUCUCCCCGAUGAUGGAACCCUGAUUGGGAGAGUCGAAAGGUUUCAACUGCUCCAGACCGACGUGCAAGAGUACCUGCGAACGAAGCUGCCUGCGUACGCUGUUCCUUCUGUCAUCGUGCCAAUGAAAGCGAUGCCUUUGAAUCCCAACGGCAAGAUCGACAAGCCAAAGCUGCCAUUCCCGGACGCAGGAAUCCUCUCGGCACGGACUCGGCGGAAGUCUUCUAUGCUGCAACAGCUCACGGAAGGGGAACUAGCGCUUGCACAUAUCUGGGCCAAACUUGUUCCAGGGCUGAUUCCCAAAACCAUCAGGCCAACCGACUCUUUCUUCGCCAUCGGUGGCGAAAGUAUGAAAGCUCAGCAGCUCGCAUAUCAAGUCAGAAGAACGAUUGGGGUGAAUCUCCCCAUCAGCAAGAUAUACAAUCGACAUACGCUAAAGGAGAUGGCCGCUGUCAUUGAUCAUUUGCGAGCAGCUGAUUCCUUGAGUGGUGGAGGAUCAGUCGAGGCUAACGAAGCUGCAGACAGCAGUCAAGCCAACGGUGUUAAGUCUGAGGACCAAUACGGUGACGAUGCCUCGAUUAUGGUCAAGACGCUGCCUUCCUCGUUCCCUUCUGCAUCUUCCGAUGUUCCUUCAGCACCAGUGGUAUUCCUUACUGGAGCAACAGGAUUCCUGGGCUCAUUUAUCUUGAAAGACCUGUUGGAUCGCAAAAAUCCUCAAGUGCAGAAAGUCUUUGUCCUGGUCAGAUCCAAAGAUGAGGCAACAGCACUAUGCCGAAUUAAAACCACCUGCCAGGCUUACGGUGUCUGGGAUGAUUCCUGGCAAUCCCGAAUCCAGUGCGUUACAGGCGAACUAGGACCGACGCAACUUGGCAUUUCUGAUACAGCAUGGAAGCAAAUUGUUGACGAAGUUGACGUUGUCGUCCACAAUGGCGCCCAGGUCCACUGGAUCAAUACGUACGAAAUGCUCAAGCCUGCCAACGUUCUCGGCACUAUUGAAACAAUGAAAAUCUGCGCCCAAGGCAAACCUAAACUUUUUGCGUUUGUUUCCUCCACCAGCGUGCUCGACCACGAGCACUUUGUCUUCGAAUCAGAACGGAUAAUUGCCGCUGGAGGUGAAGGCAUAAGUGAAGAGGAUGACUUGAUGGGAAGCCGGAAAGGACUAGGUACCGGCUAUGGCCAGAGCAAGUGGGUAGCAGAAUACCUCUGUCGCGAAGCCGGACGGCGAGGUUUACGUGGAUGCAUCAUCAGACCCGGUUACGUGCUUGGGUCCUCCAAGACUGGCGUCACAAACACGGACGACUUCUUGAUUCGCAUGCUCAAGGGCUGCAUCCAGCUUGGUACGCGGCCCAACAUCAACAACACCGUGAACAUGGUCCCAGUGAAUCAUGUUGCUCGCACGGUUGUGGCAUGUGCUUUCCACCCCCCAUCUCCUCAGGCAGUUAGUGUAGCCCAGAUCACGGGCCACCCAAGACUUCGUUUCAAUCAGUACCUCGCGGCACUCCAAACCUAUGGUUACAAGGCGAACCUAACGGAUUAUGUCCCUUGGGCAUCUUCGCUCGAGCACUACGUGAGUACGCACGCAGAUUUUGCGCUCAUGCCACUCUUCACCUUCGUCGCCAAUGACCUUCCCUCAAAUACACGUGCACCAGAGCUGGACGACAGCAAUGCGGAGAAAGCACUUUACGCAGAUGAAAGAUGGACUCGAGAAGAUGUCAGUGCGGGAAGUGGUGUCACAAAGCGUGAGAUCGGCCUGUAUUUGGCUUAUCUGGUCCAGAUAGGAUUCCUCCCGCCUCCAAAUGCUGGCAGUGACCAGAAUGGUGUCAAGAGCUUGCCAGAGGUGACAGUGUCGGACGCACAGCGCAAGGCUUUGUCGAGCGUCGGUGGGAGAGGCGGCUUGGCCUGA